AUGCCCACAAAUGGUUUCCUGGACCUGUUGGUGUUGGACGACCUGAAGCCCUGGAAAACAGUGCUGAGACAACUGGUUGCUGAGCUUCUCGGCACGUUCCUGCUGGUGCUAGUUGGGUGUGGAUCGACAACAGCAUGGUCCGAAGGCUACCAGCCGACCACCGUUCAGAUCGCCCUGACAUUUGGACUUACUGUCGCAUGCAUUGUGCAGAUGCUUGGUCACGUAAGUGGCGCCCACGUGAACCCGGCUGUGACUGUGGGCCUGAUGGUGGGCGGCUUCCUGGGCCCGCUGAAGGCUCUGCUGUACGUGACGGCGCAGUGCGUGGGCGCCACCGCUGGCUCAUCCAUGCUCCAGGUCCUGACACCUAACGAGACGGUAGCAACGCUGGGCAUUACUGCCUUGAAUCGGCUCGUGACACCGACGCAGGGCUACUUCGUGGAGAUGCUCACCUCGUUCGUGCUCGUGAUGGCCGUGUACAGCGCAGUGCUGGGCGCCGCGAGAGGGGCGGCAGCAGCAGGACCUUUCACUAUCGGCCUCUCCGUGACAGCCUGCCAUUUGUUCGCGAUGCAGUAUACUGGAGCAAGUAUGAAUCCGGCUCGUUCCUUCGGACCUGCUUUCGUUACAGGCUCAUGGACAAACCACUGGGUGUACUGGGUGGGGCCGUGCGUAGGCGGUAUUGUUGCGGGUAUCUUCUACAAAUUCAGACCAGACGAGCCUGUGGAUGCAGCAGAGCUUAGGACUUCCCUGAGCCAAGCUUCUGUCUUGGGAUCGGGAGUAGCGGAACGAACUGUAUAA